CACAAAAUUUGAUCUCCUGAUGAUGGCGACUUUGUGAUCUUGAUGGUGGCAUGACAAAAAUUGGUUGUUGAUUGAUCAAUGUGGUCGAGACCAUGACUGAUGAAGAAUAGGCAAGCUUUAGGAUGGAAGCCACGAACACAAGACAGGAGGGAUGAUGACAAUGUAAUUUCUUUACCCACCGGACUCCCACCAACCUUAGUUAACCCAACCGAACAACAUAAGCUUCUGGAAACUUGGCCGCAAAGAUGAGAAGAAUUCAGGACGACGACACUUCUUAUCCAACAGGACACGCCUAGCGAGGAUGCUAAUAUAAGGCGACAUCACAGAGAAAACCAGGCCACUGUUUGACGAUGAAACGAGAUGGAUUGCUAGUGAUGGAAGCAUGAUUUGUCGGCUGUAGUUAGUGCACUGAUUGACUUGAUUGGUCGGCGAUUAUGAACUGUCGUGAUUCUUGACAAGUUGAUUGAAGUCCCGUCGACAGUAAGAAACCUCCUUGACUUAAUGAAAUUGACUUCGACAGUAAGAAAACUCUUGGUACUGAAUUGGCCGCUGACGACGGCCUUCACUCGGAUUCUGUCGAUGAUGCCGGCCAACAACGACAAGGACGACGAUGGUGAAGUCGGACGAUGGGCGCGACACUCGAUUCACCAUCGGGGUCAGCGGCGCUCUAUGGUGAUGACGAUCGGUAAUAGGAGCACAGUCGAUGGCGAUGGCUUAGGACUGGAGAUCUCGUUAUCGAUGGCGGGAUGGACUUCGCCUAUGAUUGCGGAAGAAUCGACGGGACGCCAGCUUUGCCGGAUUUUGACAGACUCGACGGCGGAUCUGAAACACGAGCAUCGCUGAUGCAAGGCUGAGAUGACCGAAAACAAGCCUCAAUUGUGGGCCUUGACGGAGACUAGAAGAAACCGACUUCCGCGGCUUCUAUUCUUGCUUACCGCCGGACGAUUGCAAAGACGACAGACGUUGAACUGAUGACGUCGAUGUUGCCGGAGAGGCAACUGAUGCUGACUGCGGAAGCUCGAAACCCUAGACAAGGGAUCGAGUUUGCUCUGAUACCAUGUAGAAUUUGAUGAUGCGGAAAUACGAAAUAACACGAGAACACAAGA